AGAAAAAGGAAGAAAAACAAAUUUACAAACAAGCUUGAACUCCUUCUGGCAGAUUUGACAUGUUGUUGUACAACAGAAAGAGCGACACACAAACAGCUGUGAGGAGGAAACUACACAGGAAAGAGGAGGUGGAUGAAUAAUAAAGAGGUUUCACACACCUCACUGUGACAGGAGCCUCCCUCCUGGUCUGCUGUGACUAUUGGACUCCACAGUGAAUCAUUAACCACAUUGAUGUGAGGACUCCUUCCAUGACAUCCUCACAUGGACAAACAGCAACAGAUGAAGAGAACACCUAGGUCAUUGAUCAAGUAGUUUUUUAUAAAUAGUUGCGUAAAGAAAACAACAUUGAUGUCAUAAACUGAUUGAUUUUUGUUUCCAACCCCACUUGGCAGACCUGCAGCACGUGGUGACAACUCAGUUUAAAUCAGCUCCCGGUCACAAAAGUUGACCAUUAACCUCUCCUGCUGAUUGCGAGCACAUCUCCUCUUGUAAGCAGCUGAUUCUUUACAGAGGAUCCUGUAGCAAAGGUCAUUGUCACAGACAGAACAAGUCUGUCAAACAGUAGGAGCUUGCUCCUUGUUCUCUGGAUUUGUCCUCUAUUCUUUGCCAUUUUUACAGGACUGAAUCUGCAGCCAUGGCUACAGCAAGUUAUGGAUACUACCGAGCCACUAUAUUUCUGGCCAUGUUUGUAGGCUACACGCUGUACUACUUUAACAGAAAGACUUUCUCCUUUGUGAUGCCUUCGCUCAUGCAAGAAAUUAAGAUGGAUAAGGAUGACCUGGGCAUGAUCACCAGUAUGCAGUCUUUGGCCUACGCUAUCAGUAAGUUCAUCAGCGGCGUGCUUUCGGACCAGAUCAGCGCCCGCUGGCUCUUCUCCAUUGGCCUGUGCAUGGUGGGAGGCAUCAACGUGGCCUUCUCCUGGUCCUCCACUGUCGCCGUCUUCUCUGGGCUGUGGUUCCUCAACGGUCUGGGUCAGGGCCUCGGCUGGCCUCCCUGUGGCAGGGUGCUGCGCAAGUGGUUUGAGCCCUCUUCGUUCGGGACAUGGUGGGCCAUUCUCUCCUGCAGCAUGAAUCUGGCUGGCAGCUUGGGCCCCAUUAUUGCCACCGUGCUGACCGAGAGUUACAGCUGGAGGACGAUACUGUCUGUAUCUGGAAUGAUUUGUGUGGUGGCCUCCUUUUUUUGUCUGCUGUUCAUCAAGAAUGAACCCAAGGAUGUGGGGCUGCCCAACAUAGAGGCAGCAGCCAAGAAGAGCAAAGGAGGAUCGUCCAGUGAUGAAAGCACCCUGUCCGAGUUCCUGCUUUCACCGUACCUCUGGCUGCUUUCUGUGUCCUACCUGGUGGUGUUCGGGAUGAAGACGGCCUGCACCGACUGGGGCCAACUGUUUCUCAUUCAGGACAAGGGCCAGUCUACACUUAUGGGUAGCUCAUACAUGAGUGCUCUGGAGGUUGGAGGCCUGUUGGGAAGUCUCGCAGCAGGUUACCUCUCCGACAAGGCCGUGGCCAAACAAGGCGUGAGAAUGUAUGGCAAUCCUCGCCAUUUCAUCCUGAUCUGCAUGAUGGCUGGGAUGUCUGUGUCCAUGUACCUGUUCAGAGUCACCGUUACUCCAGACAGCUCAAAGGUGUGGAUACUCAGCUUGGGUGCUGCUUUUGGUUUCUCCUCUUAUGGACCAAUAGCGUUAUUUGGAGUUAUAGCCAAUGAGAGCGCCCCGUCCAACUACUGCGGGACGUCGCAUGCCAUCGUUGCCCUGAUGGCCAACAUUGGUGGCUUUAUGUCUGGACUACCAUUCAGCACCAUCGCAAAGCACCACGGCUGGGAAAUGGCCUUCUGGGUAGCAGAGAUCACCUGUGGCGUCACCGUUGUUGGAUUUUUCCUGCUGCGCAACGUCCGAACAAAGAUGGGUCACAUGUCCAAGAAGGCCGACUAA